AUGUCCUCAUCUAGCAGGAAAAAGAUAGUCACCCACGCUCGCUCUAAGCUGAUAAAGCCGCUUACGAAAUCUCUCAAUCUGAGAAGUAUCUUAAGCAAACUAUCUAUCAAGCGUCUUACACACCAACCUGGUUAUUCAACUGACCAUGACGAUGUCUCGUCAAUUGGUAAUCCUACUAGCAGUAGCUCCAAUGGCCUCGGCAUUACCCUGACAAACAACAGUAGUAAUACCAAUGCUCAAGAUGCCGAGGUUAGGAAUGCCUUCGUUUUCUUCUUCUCCACAGGAACCCGACGCCAGAAGAACAUCUCUGGCCUAUUACUUCUCCCACAGGAGAUUUUCGAUCACAUAACUAGUUACUUAGGACAUGCCCAGAUCGCCGUAUUGGCGCUAGUCAACAAAGAACUUAUGUUCCGGUUCAUGAGUUCGUGCAUAAGGAGUGGUAUCGUCGAACCAUACGAGCCAGUGUCCUAUCGUGUCCUGGACAGAUUCAUCCAACAGACAGGUUCAUCGAAGUCCAAGGUUCGUGGAACGCUGCUCAGUCUUCUAGAUUACGAUAUGGAAGAUGUCGUUUAUUGCUACAAGUGCAAACGACUUCAUGAUCCGUUCCUAAUGUUCGUGGAUCGUGCCUAUGCGCCUCACAAAGCCGUUAAAUGCGCUGAUUGGCCUAUGGAACACCACAUGCCACCCCGGGCGACGAGGAAGUUGUUGCGCACCAUUAGCAAGCGCCGCAUUCACGGUGCCGAGUACAGAUACCUUUUGGCACAGAUAAAUAACACCCAGACGGUGUAUCAUAAGGGAACCUUAGUCCAGAUCUCGUUGAGAGCGCGUUACCGCCAUGAAAACUUGAUUCUACGGCGGCAGCAGGUCGUUGCGCAUAUCGACAAAUCGUCCCAGACAAUGUGGCUAUUCGCACAGAUGCUUAAGGACUCGCCCUAUAACAACCCGCUAUUCUUAUCAUUGCCUCAAGUUUUCUUGAUGUGCAAUCAUCAAAUUUGGAAUGACAUAUACCAGCCGCUGAUACGACAGCUGGUCGAUCCUCUUUGCAAGGGUCAACAUACGGACCAAGGUGGAUGGAAGCAUGAAAUGGCCUGCUUCAGCGGAGAACACCUCGAUGUAUCGAAACAGAAAGGCCACAUGGUCCACGAACGCCUUCAAUGGAUAGCCUCCGGCGCGCAGCGUAACCCAACAGAUGUGCCCACCCUCCUAGGCGACGUCCUAGGCUGCGAUAAAUGCACAACAGACUUCAGCAUCGACGUCGUCCCCUUGCCUGAGCCCUUCGGCUGGGGAUUUGUUCUGACUUCGUGGUUUGAUCUCGGUAGGCUUGACUUCUGCGCGAAGUGGGACAGUCACAGGGAGGCACGGCCGAGUCGAGAGAUGAAUCGGUAUCCGACACAUGGAGACAUAUGCGAGAUGUUCGAGGACUUGCCGUCGCGCCUAGAUUACCGCGCCGAAGUCAGCUCGAUCAACAAAGUGCGUAUGGAAAACCAUACCUGGGCUCAGAGGGCCAAGCAGGGAAAGGACCGGUACAUGAAUUGGUCUUCCGGUCACACCUGCAACCCUGCCACAGGAUGGAUUGAGGAUCCGGACUCAUUAGAAGAGGAAGACUAUUGA